UGUGCAAAGAUAUUUAGAAGAAAUCUUCUUUUUUAUUUACACACAGUUCUUUAAGAAAAAAAAAAAAAUCUUUUGAGGCUCUUCUCCUGGAAAUGCUGUUUCUUUUUCUUACAGAAACAGAAAAUUAGCUGACAUUUUGACAACAAUGAGUGGAACCUUAUCUCAGCCACCGAUUCUCUCCUUCACAGAAAUGGCAAAUUCCGUUUCUGAAAUCCUCCAAGCCCAUGCUCACCUUCUCAAGACUGGUCUUUUCUACAACCACCCCUUGGCUUCAAACAAGCUCAUUUCUUUUGCCGUUAACAACCCUGACCCAAAAACCCUCUCUUAUGCUCACUCCGUUUUCACUCAUAUGACUAACCCAAAUUCUUUCUCUUACAAUUCCCUUAUCAGAGCUUAUGCCAAUAGCCAUACCCCUCAGAAUGCUUUUUCUCUGUUUCGUCAAAUGCUUGAAGGCCCUGUCUUUCCUGAUAAGUAUAGUUUCACUUUUGUUUUGAAGGCUUGUGCUGGGUUUGGUGGGGUGCAAGAAGGGAGGCAGAUUCAUGGUCUGGUGCUGAGAAUGGGAAUUGGGUUUGAUGUUUUCGUGGCAAAUACUUUGAUUCAUGUGUAUGGGAAAGGUGAGUAUUUUGGGGUUGCAAGGAGUUUGCUUGAUAGAAUGCCUAAAAGGGAUGUUGUUUCUUGGAAUGCCUUGUUAAGUGCUUAUAUUGAAACGGGAUAUAUAAGAUUGGCAAGUGGUCUUUUCGAGGAAAUGGAGGAAAGGAAUGUAGAGUCGUGGAAUUUUAUGAUUUCAGGAUAUUUAAGUGCCGGGUUAGUUGAAGAAGCUAGAAGUAUCUUUGACAGAAUGCCUGUAAAAAAUGUGGUGUCUUGGAAUGCUAUGAUUACUGGUUAUGCUCAUAUAAGUUGUUUUGGUGAAGUUUUGGUGCUCUUUGAAGAUAUGCAGCGCGAGAAAGUGAGACCGGAUAAUUGUACAGUGGUUAAUGUGUUGUCUGCUUGUGCUCAUCUUGGAGCUUUGGGGCAAGGUGAAUGGAUUCAUUCUUAUAUUGAUAAGAAUGGGAUUGGUAUCAAUGGUUAUGUAGCUACAGCUCUUGUCGACAUGUACUCAAAAUGUGGGAACAUCGAUAAGGCUCUAUAUGUGUUUAGAAAUGCUUCAAGGAAGGAUAUUAGUACAUGGAAUUCCAUAAUUGUUGGUUUAGGGAUGCAUGGCUUAGGGGAACAUGCCUUGGAGAUCUUCUCAGAGAUGCUUGUGAAUGGUUUUGAACCCAAUGAGGUGACCUUUAUUGGUCUUCUGUCUGCUUGCAGUCGUCAAGGCUUAUUAAAUGAGGGACGUCAUAUCUUUCAAAUCAUGGUUGACGAUUAUGGAAUUCAACCAACCAUUGAGCACUUUGGCUGCAUGGUGGAUCUCCUGGGUCGGGUGGGAUUAUUAGAGGAGGCUUUGGACCUUGUGCAAAAAAGGCCACUGAAAGAAGCCCCUGUGGUUUGGGAGUCCUUGUUGAGUGCCUGUAAAAAGCAUAGUAAUGUGGAAAUGGCAGAGCAUGUUGCUAGGAAGCUCAUAGAGUUAAACCCGCAAGACAGUGCAGGUUAUGUUCAGUUGUCAAAUACAUAUGCAGCAUUACAAAGAUGGGAUGAUGUUAUGAAUGUGAGGAGUAAGAUGAAGGCACUAAAAAUAAAAAAGGAGCCUGGUUGUAGCAUGAUCGAAGUGGAUGGUGUUGUUCAUGAGUUCUUAGCAGGUGAAGGAAUGAUUCUUGAACAAAUCUGAUAUUGAUAAAAGUUUGCAGACUUGUUUGCUUCAGAGAAGUAGCUAUCGUAAGAUAUGGCACAGGCCACAAGUUGAAUCAAGGCUUACCGGAAGUAAUGUGGCAGUGAAUUUGUAGCAUGUACCAUGCAGUAUAGGUGUAAAAUGGAUGUUGAGACUAUUGAAGAGAAAUUAGUGAAUCAUGAAAUUGGUAAACCUUCCUGACUAGUUUAAAUGCAAAUCAAUCCAUUCUGGUCGAAAGUGGGAAUUGGCUGGCCUGUUCUAGAUUCCUGCUAACGAUAGACAAUAGGAAAAUGGUGGCGCAGAGUGAAGUUGCAGUAGACAAGCAUGAGACAGUAUAGUUGAACAUGUAUAAGGGCUUGCUUAUGAUGGAGAUACGGACAUAAGCAUCUCUUUCAUUUGUCUUCUUCAGCUUCAAGUCUUUCCCGGUUAUUGUCCUGCUACUUGGUGUCUCAACUACUGUCGCCUUUUCUCCUUUAUACAUAUUCACAUCUGCUCCGACAACUUGAGGGUGCAAAAUGAAGCUCAUCAUCUGAGUCAUACCAAGCUGAUCGCGAUACACUUUUACUAGUCUUGCCAUCAGCACUAUCUUCUCCAAAUGACAGUCUCCAAAAGCCUCACCAUCCCCACCAUAGAAUCUUGCUCCACCACCAGCAAACUUUGAUGAACACCCUGGCACAGCAUUCCUCAUCCCUUUCUGCUUCUCUUUGGCAGGUUUUGGUUCAGAAUUGAUGCUCAUUCGCUUGAAUGUGGAAAGCCA